AUGGUGAGAGGGGCGGCGUUAGUAGUGACGCUAGCGCUAACAUGCUGCACGGCAUACAGCAGCGUACUUGUGCCGACAUAUGUCCUGCCGCCUGACUCGUUCGUGCGCGAUCAGCGCUCGCUAGCUUCCUCGCAGGACUCGCAAACCGCAGAAUCGCAAAGGACUAUCAAACGACUUAUAGGCGGUCAUCUAAAAAUCAAACCUGAUAAAGAGUAUGGAAGCGCCAAAAAUUCCAUUACUUUCAGUGACAAGAGUGAAAGUGGAAAGUUCGCCGGCGUGAUCGCGCCGGACCAGUCGGGCGGCAAUGUGGGCUGGAACCAAGGUAUAUGGGACGAUGGCAUGAUGAUGUCCAGCGCGGGGGAGGGCAAAGAGACUAAGAAAAUAAAAGAGGAUGACGAAGACAAGAAAACUUUGUCUGAUCAGGUAGCCGAAGGAAAAUAUGGAUUAAUACAGAACGAAUUAUUUCCAAAGUCGCCAAAGCGGCCGGGUAUUUUGAGCUAUGAGCCUAACGCAGAGACUAGAUCAAAAGAUAACCUACAAAACUUGGGCGGUCUUAAGAAAGAUGAAAUAUGGCUAGCUGAAGAUCAUUUGUUAGUUAUCAAAGGAGGCUCGUUCCCUGAACGUACCAACGAGCCAGAGCAAAAAGUAUGGCCACCAAUAGACAACUACGAGGCGCCUAGAAGGCAAGUAAAAUUACCAAACAAACCGAAUAUUCCCCCGCCCUUUCCCGUACGUCUCUCCGACGACGGACCGCUCGUCUUCCUUACGCCUAACGGCAGUGUCCCUGCGUCCAUUUUCCCUUCCUUCCCUACGGGAGAAGGCGAAAGCCCUUUACCGCCACCGCCAUUCUUUUAUGCACCAGGAGCGUUCGACCCCUCGGGUGAUAAUCAGAGAAACGCUACUGCCGGGGGAGCGCCGUUGCCAGGUCCUCCGUUCCCAUUCCUACCCGGGAAUGCGAGCGAAGGUGCAUUCCCAUUUCCCGCAUCCAUGAACGGCUCUUUUCCAGAAGGUUUUCCUCCGGGCGCCGCCUUUCUACCACCACCGAGCAACCAGUCCGACCUGUACGACGAAGACGACCCUUCGAUAUAUUAUCCGCCGCCAUACAAUUUUUCUUAUCGCAAUGACUAUAAGGGUAACGUACCAGCGGGACCUCUAGUACCAGGAAUCAUACUUCCACCGCCUCCAGACUUCUUCGCUCCGCUCGAAGAAGCGACGACGGAAGAAAUCAAAACUACACCAAACCCACCAACUUCGACUUACACAAGGACUAAGAGUAGUUCAAAGCGUCCAUCGCCGACGCCUGUAACGUACAGAGGAAAGUAUAAGACGAGACUAACAACCACGGAACUCCCAAAAACAACAGAGGUGCCGACGACUUUAACAACACAGUCUAACACAGAAGUUCCAACAACAACUAAGUAUAGAAAGACACAACGCGUUAUACCAAAUCGCCACCCAGUCAAAGUGUAUCACCCCGAAGUGGAAAUUAUUACGAGACCAAAUACUGAAAAGCCUGUAUACAAGACGCGGACAAAACUCACUUCAAAACCGCUCUCUGUGUCCGUUCUAUAUGACUAUCCCGACAUUUAUGAAAACAAACCAGCAACAACACAGAAACCAUAUAGCGCUUAUAAUGUACCAGAAAAGGCGAUAGACGACCAUGUAAAUGACAUAUCAUCUACUGCAGUACCGCUGAGAGCAUAUUACACCAACGUGCAUAACGAUGAUAUCCCUACAACUAAGUUACAGCCUGUUUAUAGCAGAAAACCGAAUGAAAAUGCCGUGGCAUCGUUUUACUUUUUCGAUGAACAACCGAAGGCCAAAGCACCCGAAAGUAAUGUCGAUGGAAGAUAUUAUUACCAGACGGUACCGAGUCAAGCCUCAUAUGUGCCAAAGCAAAACGCUAAUCAACAAACUCAAUACCAACCGGGAGUCGACGUCGCUUACGGUUCAUUCGAUCAAGCGGAUGCUUUCUUCUUAUUCCCACAGAAGCAAGGUCCUAGAACGCUCACCCAAGAAUACUUUAGUAUACAGAAGCCUCGACCACAACCAUCAUAUGUACCGCAACCGAAACCGAGACCAGAAUCGUUCUAUCAGCAGAUCGCUGAUAUACAGCAGACGAUAGACUUCUUCACAACAAAGAGGCCUAAAGCGCACGCGCAUCGACCUCAUACCACAAAACAAAAGCCAAUUACGUCACGGCCUGUCUAUCAGUAUAGUUACGAAACGAAACCGAGGCCGGAAAAAUUGACAUUCCGAGCGCCAAAACUUGACCCUGAACCUUUCCGUCCAAUGGUGAGCUACAGUAAGCCGUUUAACGUGGAUAAUGAAUUUAAUGCAAUCAGUUCAUCCGCGUCACCAGGCUACCAACAAUACUUAGUUGAAAACGUGCAAGUCACGACGGAGAGCCCUACAUCUUCUAGAUAUUAUCCAAAAACAAAGGUAAGAGAUGAGGACUAUGAAGAUGCGGCAGUAAAAGAAGCGCUACCAGUAAACAAUAGAAACCAUAUUCCCGUACAAACCGGUAAGCCUGUUCACCAAGUUAAUCGAUAUCCUAGCACAACAGCGAACCCAAUAAGCAGUGGGUAUUACACAAAGCAUGACGAACGAUACAUUGAUGACAUAACUAAGAGCACUUUCGACAUUUUUGGACAGAAGCUUGAGGACAGCAAUAGAGACGUCAACGGAUUGGCUGUAACGCCUCCACUUGAAACGGUGAAAACGCCUAUAGACAACAAUAUUAAUCUGCAAUACGAGUAUGAAAUCGUCGAAUCGCAGAGCCCCAAUCCGCCAUCGUUGCACGGCGACACAAUCGUUAACCACAGGCACCCACGGCCGCCUAUCAACCCAGACAGCGAACCCGUACACCCAUCGCACGCAAGCGCUGACCUAGUCCAGCCACAAAACCCCCAAAAUCCUCCAUCUUUAGCCAGCGACACGAUUGUCAAUGACAGAUAUCCUAGACCACAGAUUAGUCCGGACAGCGACUUUAUCCCCAUUCCAAAUCCAAACUACAGAAGAGCACAGCAGUACAGAGAACAACCGCAAGAGCCUCAGUAUACUGGUGAACAGUACGACCUGAAUAGGCCAUCGUUGGUUGGGGACACGGACGUCAACUACAGGAGGCCGUUACCCCCUAUCAAUCCUGAUGCGGAAUGGAUAGGGGCGGUCAACUCGGCGGGUGAAGGCCAGCCGGGGUCUCUGGUGAGGUAUCGACUCCCCGGGGAAGGGGCCCACGUGUACUUCCUGACACCGCAAGCGGCUCAGGCUGCGCGGGAGAGGUACAGGUCCCCAGGUUACGGACGGUGA